GUGAUAAUGGACAAAAACAGAAAUCGGGUGACUGAGAGGAUCUUGGAUCUCACCAUGGAUAUCAUCUACCUGCUGACCGGAGAGUGAUAUCAUACAUCAGGGCUCGACAAAUCCCAGGUGCCAGGUUACCUCAGAGGCGGGCGGCUGCAGGGAGAUUGUGGAGGCGGGCGGAAAGCUGGGGGAUUGUGGAGUUGGGUGACAGGCUGUGUGUAUUGUUGCCAUGCGGCGAGGGAGCUGUGAUGUCCCUGAUCUCGCGCACCGCUUUGUGAGGCCAGAAUAUGACUUCAUAUUCCGUACCUGGUCUCACUAAGCCGAGCGAGAGGGAGCAGAGCAGGGACAUUAAAGCUCCCUCACCUCCCGACUACUAAUUGCACAGCCAGCCGCCCGCCUCCACAAUCCCCCAGCCGGUCGCACAAUGGACCCCAGAGAAUAUAUGGUUGUGAAGAAAUACGAUGAAAUUGCCAAUAGCUGUCACCAUUUGUCAGAUGGAUCCAACAGGACCCAGAGCCCCAGCACGGUUCCACCAUCUCGCUCACUGAUACAUGAGGGAAACAAUGACCAGAAGAUCCUGGAACUGACCAAUCAGAUCAUCAAUUUGCUGACUGGAGAGGUUCCUAAAAGGUUUAAAGAUGUCACUGUAUAUUUGACCACUGAGGAAUGGGAGUAUUUAGAAGGACACAAGGAUCUCUGCAAGGGUGUAAUGAUGGAGAACCAUCAGCAUGUGUGCUCACUGGCUGAAUCAGUGCCUGGCGCAUUUCACACACCAGAUUCUUUGUCUGAUUUAAGAACCAGUGAGGAAAUUGUAAAUAAUGAGAGAGGAAUGUCUUUGAAAAUCAAAAAAACAAGGUAUAAAAAGGCAAAAUCUAUGACUUACAUGUCACAAGAAGAUCUUUCAUGGAAAGAUGGAAAUCUGAAAGUCCUUCAUACACCCACAGAACAUACACAGACAGAAUACCAAUCGACUCAUAUUAAGGAAGAAUCAGCCUUAUGUCAAGAAGGAAAUAUCAAAGACACUGACAUUUAUACAAACACAGAACAUGCACAAACAAAAUGUCCAUGUAACCAUAUUAAGGAAGAAUCAUCCUCGUGUAACAAGGGAAAUCUCACAGACACUGACAUUUACACAACAACAGAACAUACACUGAUAAAAUAUCCGUCUAUACUUAUUAAGGAUGAAUCAGCCUCAUAUCAGGAAGGAAAUCUUUCAGACACUGAUACUGAUAGCUCCACAGAAGAUAUAUGCACUGCUAUUAUCAAGGAGGAGUCAAUUUCAUGUGAAGAAGAUAUUCUUACAGAUAUAGAUAUCUAUGCACCCACAGAGCAUACACAGACAGAAUACCAAUCUAUUCAUAUUAAAGAGGAAUCAGAGGAGAAUGGAGGAGGAAAUCACAAAAUUGACAACAAUUAUACGCUUACAAAAUACACACUGAGAGGAGAUUCAUUAACCUGUAUUCAAGGUUAUAUCAAUUCAUCUAACAAGAAGUCUUGUGACCUAACAGAAGAUGUCUUAUUUUCUACAUCGGACCUUCUUAUACAUGAGACAGAUUUUGGAAGAAAGAAACCAUUUGCAUGUUCUAAAUGUGGACAGUGUUUUAGUCAAAUGUCAGAUCUUGAUAACCACCAGCACACUCACACAGGAGGAAAACCUUAUAAAUGCAUUGAAUGUGGGAAAUGUUUUAGCAUUGCUGCAAAGCUUGCUUCGCAUGAAAGAAUUCACCGAGGAGAGAGACCAUUUAAAUGCAAUCAAUGUGAUAAAUGUUAUAACCUAAAGUGUAACCUUAUUCGGCAUCAGAGGACUCACACGGGAGGGAAAACAUAUGAAUGCUCAGAGUGUGGGAAAUGUUUUAACAUGGCGGCAAAGCUUACUUCACAUGAAAGGGUUCACAGGGGAGAGAAACCAUUUAAAUGUAAUGAAUGUGAUAAAUGUUACAACUUAAAGCAAGAUCUUAUUCGGCAUCAGAGGACUCACACAGGAGAAAAAAUAUUUAAAUGUGAUGAGUGCGGAAAAUGUUUUAAUUUAAAGGCUACUCUUAAUAGGCAUCAGAUGAUUCACACGGGAGAAAAACCAUUCAAAUGCACUGAAUGUGGAAAAUGUUUUAACCAAAAGUGCACUCUUAUUAGACAUCAACGUAUCCAUGCAGGUUAGAAACUGUUAAAAAAAA